AGAGGGACGAGCUCCUCGCGAGAGGUGAAGUUGAAGCUGCCUCCGCCAUCUUGGAGAUGGGAGUCGGGCGAUGGCUGUGGUCCUUCUGCUAAUGCAAACAACAAAACAGGCCCACUAGUCGCCCCCAAUAGGCUAUCAUCACUGUAAGUGUUGGCCAAAGCCACACAAGGAGCGAGGGUGUCAAGCCGCGGGCGGCGACACUGAAAGCAGCUUCAUCCGCCUUGUGGGGCGGCAGAAGUGAAGUGCCUGCGGACCGGAAGCAUGGUGCAGUCCUGCUCCGCCUACGGCUGCAAGAACCGCUAUGACAAGGACAAGCCUGUUUCUUUCCACAAGUUUCCUCUUACUCGACCCAGUCUCUGUAAAAAAUGGGAGGCAGCUGUCAGAAGAAAAAACUUUAAACCCACCAAGUAUAGCAGUAUCUGUUCAGAGCACUUUACUCCAGACUGCUUUAAGAGGGAGUGCAACAACAAGUUACUGAAAGAGAAUGCUGUGCCUACGAUUUUUCUUUGUACUGAACCACAUGACAAGAAGGAAGAUCUUCUGGAGCCACAGGAACAGCUUCCUCCGCCUCCUCUAACACCUCCCAUUUCCCAGGUAGAUGCUGCUAUUGGAUUACUAAUGCCACCUCUCCAGACCCCUGAUAAUCUUUCAGUUUUCUGUGACCACAACUAUACUGUGGAGGAUACAAUGCACCAGAGGAAGAGGAUUCAUCAGCUAGAGCAGCAAGUUGAAAAACUCAGAAAGAAACUCAAGACUGCACAGCAGCGAUGCAGGAGACAAGAACGGCAGCUUGAGAAGCUGAAGGAGGUUGUACACUUCCAGAAAGAGAAAGACGACACAUCAGAAAGAGGUUAUGUGAUUCUACCCAAUGACUACUUUGAAAUAGUCGAAGUACCAGCAUAAAAAAACGAAAUGUAUAUUGAUUUUUAAUGGGGCAAUACCACAUAUCCUCUCCUAUCCUUCUAGAAAGGAGUUUCAUUUGGAAAAAACCACACUUGAUUACUAAUAUAAAAACAGUUCAGAAUAUUUUUUUAAAAAAUAAAUUCGAUAUAUACUGUAAAAUUAUACAAUUUUUUGUUUGUGAUUUCAGGGUUUUUACAUUUUAACAAAAUAUUUUAAAAGUUAUAAACUAACCUCAGACCUCCAGUGUAAGUUGGUUUCAAGAUUGAGUGUUUUUGUUUUUUUAAUAUUUAUAGAAAUUAUGUAAACAUAAAAGUAAUGAGAA